GGGUUACGCAAAAGAUAAUUUCUUGUAAUGUCCCUCAUGUUCUGAUACCAUUGAACAACAGUAGAUUUUGAAAGACUGACUUAUUAAUAUUUCCGCUACACAUUCAUUCUAUCAUAAAUGCGUACAUUUGUAUAUGUUAGAAAUCCAGAAUAUUUCUCUGCUCAUCACAGUGAAUGUGUGUUCAUUGUGUUUUAAACGAUAUUAACUACGGGACAAAAUCGAAGAUAUGAUCGAAAUCUUUCACACAAUGAAACAAGUUCCAGUGUUACGCUUUAAACAACCUUAACUAUGUACGAGAUGGCAGAUAUAAUUGAAAUCUUUAACACACUGUAAUAUUGAUACAUCAAAAUAGGGACAAUUUAUAAAACGUGGUAUUUUCACAACCCUGCCAGUCUUCAAUAAUUUGCCUCACCUCUCAUUUUUUUUUUAUGUAACUAUAUUUGCACCUUCCUACAUGCAUUGAAUCCUUGUCUCACGUUCCCUGCGUAUGAAUGGGUCCUAAUAACAAACAAAUGAGCGAAUUAUUAUAAUUAUUACAAGGGUGUAACGAUACAGAAUCGGUAAAUUGGUGUGAAAAUGUUCAGUAUUUAAUAUUGACUUUUUUUUUUUUAGUUCCCAUCCUACCAAAAUCAACGUCCAUCACAUUACAUGGAAUACACGAAGUCAAAUUGUAAUAUUUAGUUUCGUUUCAAUUGCAUGGAUUUCUUUUCAUUCUGUUGAGUAUAAUAACUGGAAUAUCAUUUCAGUUGACACUACUAUCAUAAAAGCCCCCUCAACUACAAAAGACAGUAAUUAAAAAAAACCGACUUGCUUUCAAUCAGAAGGAAUCAUCACAGUUGUUAUAAUUAGAUAUUUGGACAACACGAAAUAUAAUUUGAUUAAUCCAGAAUUAAAGAAUAUGUAAUUCUGUGCACAUAGAAUAGUAUCCCAUCUAACAUUGCGCUGAGAUAAUGGCGGGUGAAAGACGUACUGGAUUUACUGAUACAGAAAAAACGGAAAAUACUGAAAAAGAUGACAAAAAGGAAACUGAACUUGAAAAAUAUUGGAAAGCUGUGAAAGAUAACCCAGCUGAUUUUACUGGCUGGACUUACCUUCUUCAGUAUGUUGAGCAAGAGAAUAAUGUUGAAGAUGCGCAAGAAGCAUUUGAUGCUUUCUUUGAUCAUUAUCCAUAUUGUUAUGGUUACUGGAAAAAGUUUGCUGAUAUUCUAAAGAAAAAUGAUGAGGUGGAUAAAGCAAUUGCAGUCUUUGAGCGUGGUGUAAAGGCUAUUCCUCUAAGUGUAGAACUUUGGCUUCAUUACAUCUCUUCUGUUACUGAAUCAAGAGAGUGUGAAAAUGUUGAGAGAAUUCAGGAAUUAUACAGAAAAGCUCUGAAUGCUGCUGGUACUGACUUCCGUGCUGAUCGCUUGUGGGAUUCAGUUAUUCACUGGGAAAAACAACAAAAAAACUUGCAAAAUGUAAUGCGCUUAUAUGAUGAACUGCUGAAAAUUCCUCUCCAACUAUACAGUCAUCAUUUUGACAAUUUUAAAUCCUUUAUAAAUAGUCAUCAUCCCAAAGAAAUCUUAUCUCUAGAUGAGUUCUUUAAACUGAGAGAAGAAGUAUUAGCCAAACGAUCUGAUUGUUCUGCUGAGGAAGAGGAUGGUCCUGAUGAUCAACAGUUGACUGAAGAAGCACCUCCUGGGGUAGAAAGUGAAGGUGGAAAGUCAGAUGAAGUGGAAGCAAAUAAAUUACGUGCAAAAAUAAUCGAAAUUCGACAAGCAGUUCAUAAAGAAACCGAAGAAGAAGUUAGCAAGCGGUGGGCCUUCGAAGAAGGGAUCAAACGGCCUUAUUUCCAUGUUAAACCUUUAGAAAGAUCACAGUUGAAAAACUGGAAAGAUUAUUUAGAUUUUGAAAUUGAAUUUGGAACUCAUGAGAGAGUUGUUGUUCUCUUUGAAAGAUGCUUAAUAGCGACUGCAUUAUAUGAAGAUUUUUGGUUGAAAUAUGCUCGAUAUAUAGAACAGCAUAGUAUUGAAGCUGCCCGCAAUGUUUAUAAAAGAGCAUGUAAUAUUCAUUUACCUAAAAAGCCAUCAAUACAUUUAACUUGGGCUGCUUUUGAAGAAAGUCAAGGUAAUUAUGAUGAAGCUUGGAAAAUAUUAAACAAUCUAGAAAAAAACAUUCCUGGGCUUGCCAUGGUUGCACUUCGGAGAAUAAGUUUAGAGCGGCAUCAAUACAAUUUUGCUGCUGCAGCAGCUUUGUUCCAAGAAUACAUGGAUACAGCAGCUACCAAAGAAAUACGUUCAUUUUUUGCCAUAAAAUACUCACGUUUCCUGUCAAAGGUUUGUCAUGAUGUAAAUAAAGCCAAAGAAAUUUUAAAAGAAGCAAUAGAAAUUGAUGAGACAAAUCCUAAAUUACACCUUCAGUUAUUAGAUAUUGAAUAUCAGACGCAACCAAUGAAUGAAGAUUCAAUACUUGACACUUUUAAAUUUACAUUAUCAACUAACAUGUCUUUACAAAGCAAAAUUAAAUUUUCACAAAGACGAAUAGAAUUUUUAGAAGAUUUUGGAAAAGAUAUUACCAAGUUGCUUGAUGCUUAUGAUGAGCACCAAAAGGUAUUGAAAGAGGCUCACAUAGAAAAGAAACGGAAAAUGGUUGAAUGUGGAGAAGAUCCACUGGAGAAAAAGGCUAAAUUGGAUGGUGGAGUGAAUAACAACUGCACCCGUGCCAAUGGAUCAAAAGACAUAUUAUCUGCAACAAGUGUCGGAACAACUGUGUCCGGCAAUAAUGAUAUAUCUAAUGUAGUACAACAAAAUACCCCUUUUCAGUAUGCUCAUUGGGGUUCAUAUCAAAAUGCUGCCAGUUACGGAGGCUAUCCACAUCCUCAUUGGUCUUCAUAUAAUAAUCAGUAUUACCCGUCCUAGACGUCAAACUCCAUAUUUAUCAUUGUGGACUUCUGAAUCAUUGCCUCUAUUUAUAGUCCUCCAACUCUUCAAUUCCUGCCUGACUUCUUACAUCUCUCUCUUGCCUCCUACUCAUCACAGCAAUUCAUUUUCAUUUGUAUUAAAUUCAAUUUCCAAAAUGUGAACAAAA